AUGUUGUCUACAAACAUAAUAUUCGUAUUUUUUUCAUAUACAACUGUGAAAAUAAGUGCUUAUCCGAGAUUCCCUGUUGGAGCAUUGUUUGACUAUCAAACUAACCCAACAACAGAAGAGGUUUUUGAAAUUCUUUUGAGAACCGACUCAUCAAAACCUUUUAACGCUCGCAUCUUACACCCAAAAGUCGUGGAUACAUAUUCUAUAGCACAAGACCUGUGCUCUGAGACUUCGGAUAAUAGAGGUGUCGUUGCAUUAAUUGAUGCUCGACCAACAAACGGAAUAUGCGACAUAACCUGUUUACUGUGUAAUAAAUUAAAUGUUUCGCAUCUAUCUCUUAUUUCCAAAGCCUUUGCAACACUCAUCAAAGAAUUAGAAUGGGAUAGAUUUACUUUAUUCUAUGAGGAUGAUGACAGUUUCGUUCGAAUUCAAGAAGUAAUUAAUUCAUGGCCUUACGGUAACGAUCAUAUCCAUUUCGAGAAAUUAGACCCAGAUGAAGACAACAGAGAGACGUUUAAAAACGUUUUUGUUGUUUUACGAAUAAGCUAUCAUGUAUUAGAUUGUGAUGUGAAUAAUAUUCAAAAAUAUAUGAAAGAAAUAGUAUCUGUUAACAAUUCCACUCAAUAUCAGAGUUUUAUUUUGACUGCGCUUGAUUCCUAUUUAGUAAAACUUGACGAAAUUUCGCAACUUCGGGCAAACGUUUCUACUCUACAUUUGACUAAAAUAAACGAACCUAUUUGGAGAGAUUUCGGUGUAAAUACAAAUGAAAUAACAGUGUCUCUUGAGACCGCCUUGACAGCUGACGCUUUAAAUCAUCUUGAAAAGGCUAUUCGGAGCAUGCGAAAGCAGUAUGCAGAGAAUGACUAUACUGAACCACCAGAAUUAUGUUUCUCUGUGGACAAAGCAGCGUAUCAAGAGAAAGCGUGGAUGAAUGGAAAUUCUUUAAGGGAAAUUUUAUUGCAGACAACAUUUAAAGGUGCUACUGGAGAUAUAAUAUUUGAUGAAUAUGGAAAACGAACAAAUUUUACAAUAUAUUACUCUAAAUUAGACAGUGAAAGUAAAUUUGUUCAAGUUGGAACAUGGGAUUCGAAAACGGAUGAUAUAAUCACAAUUAAUACAGCAGUAACAGAUCGAUCUAAGGCUGUGACUUCUGAAUCAGUAGUGAGGGUAGUAACAAAAAAAGGAAUGCCGUAUUUCGAUAUUGACGAAUCUAACGGGACAACAGUAUACAAGGGAUAUGCAGUGGAUCUAAUUGAAGGAAUUUUUAAGCAUAUUAGACAACAGAAGGGCUAUGAGGAAAUAAAACACGAAAUAUAUAAAAUUGACAGCAAUAGUAUUGGAAGUCAGAUAUCUGGAACAAAAAAAUGGGAUGGAUUAAUCGGGGAGGUGUUAGAACUAAAUGCAGAAAUGGCAGUUUGUGAUAUCACAAUUACAUCUGAACGUAGUUCUGUAGUUGAUUUCUCGACUCCCUUUAUGUCUUUAGGUAUUAGUAUGUUAUUUAGUGAACGUGAGCCGCAGCCACCAAAUAUGUUUUCAUUUAUAAAACCCCUAGCUUUAGACGUUUGGUUAUAUUUAGCUACUGCUUACAUAAUUGUAUCAUUUGUUCUUUUAAUUUGUGCAAGGAUGAGUCAGCAAGAUUGGGUAAAUCCUCAUCCAUGUAAUCAGAAUCCAGAAAAUUUACAAAAUAUUUGGAGUUUCUACAAUUGUAUGUGGCUAACGAUUGGUGCUAUAAUGACACAAGGAUGUGAUAUAUUGCCCAGAGCAAUGGGAUCAAGAUGGGUCACUGGUAUGUGGUGGUUUUUUGCACUUAUAGUGACUGCUUCAUACACUGCUAAUAUGUCCACAUUCUUGAGUAACAGUCGCCGUGAUAAUGAAAUUAAGGAUGUCAAACAACUUUCGGAACAGCACGAAAUUUCAUAUGGUAUCAUGAAAAAUGGAUCAACUUAUAAUUUUUUUGAAAAAUCUAAUGACUCUGUAUAUCAAAAAAUUUUUACUGUCAUGAAAUCUGCUAAGCCCACCGUUUUCACUAACAACAAUGAUGAAGGUAGAGAUCGUGUAGUAAGGGGUAAGGGUACCUACGUGUUUUUUAUGGAGUCAACAGCCAUUGAGUAUUACAUGGAAAGGAACUGUGAUUUGAAAAUGGUCGGCCCUAAACUUGAUUCUAAAGAUUACGGUAUUGCUUUGCAUAAAAAAUCCCCUUACAAAAGACUCGUUGAUAAUGCAAUCAUAUCUUUGCAAGAGACCGGAGAACUAUUGGCUAUGAAAAAGAAAUGGUGGGAAAGUAACGAAAAGGAAGGAAACUGUAAGAAAACUAAAGACAAAGAUGAUAAUGGGUUACAAAUGGCGAAUACUAGUGGAAUAUUUUUAGUUUUGGGAUGUGGCGGAGUUUUAGGACUUUUCGUGGCUAUUAUCGACUUUCUAUUACAUGCCCAUGAAAUAUGUGUUAAAGAAAAGGUGACGUUUCGAGAAGCAAUUAUUAGCGAAUGGCGAGUUUCUCUUGAUCCUCGUGCUACUCGUAAGCCAGCUGCGCCACCUCGCUCUGCAGCACCUUCAACUGCCUCGCCGUCACCACAUCAAGAGCGUUCACGAUCGCGGGCGGUUUCCGUUCUAAGGGCUGCUACCUCUUUUAUUAACUUUGAUGAGAUUUAUUAA